AAUCCCAAUCAAUAAGUAGCUUCAACAAGGAAAGUAACUCAGCUUACAUGAUUUUUAAAAGACUAAUGUUAAAGGGGAAGUAACAUAUAAAAUUAAAAUAUGGAUCUGGGUUUCAAAAAUGUCAGCUGUGUACAAGAAACAUUUAAUUUCAGAAGUAUUGAAGUAUUUUGAAAAAAGAUCUUGCAAAAUAUUAUUGAAUAUUGUUUGUAAAUAUCAAGGAAAAAAAAUAGACUAAACACUAUGAAGACACGCAAUAAUAUGAAUAUGUGUUUCGGAGAAAUCCGUCUGGGCGUAUGAUACUACAUUAGUGUUGCUGACGGCAUUCCUUGCAUAUGCCAGGCAUGGAAUAUGUGUAGAAACUAUUUGUUGAGCAUUACAGUUUAUGUUUUUUGAAAAGUAAAAAAAAGUUAUAGAGAUAUUUUAAAACAGUUUAAUACUUUCAAAUACAUUUCUCGCAUCAAGGGCUCUUAAGUAAAGUUUCCUAAUGUUUUCUUGAGUUGAGGAGUCCCAGAGGAUGCAUAUUCUAUUAUUGGCCUAACCAAGCAACCAAUCUCAAAAAUGUCCUUAAUACAGAGCACCAUGGCACCAGCGGGUGUUUCCACUGAAGGCAAUAAAAGACCAUCUUACUCGGAGCUGGCCGUCGCCACAGAGAGGCCCAAAAAUAGGGCCAUGGUCUCCAAGAAAGCCAGACUUCAGAGCUUUCAGAAGUGGUCCGGCAAACAGGAAGUUAAGAUAGAAGAUUUGGUGUCAGCGGGUUUCUACUUUACAGGCCACGAAGACGACGACUCCACCAGAUGUUUUGCAUGCGGGGGUAUUGUAAAGGACUGGGAAGUCACGGACGACGCAAUGGUGGAGCAUGCACGGCAUUUUCCUUCAUGUUUCUUUGUCAGACAAGCCGUGGGACAAGAUUUUAUUGACACAGUCAAAGCGUUGAGUGAAACAGAUAUUUCCAACUCGAGGGUCAAACUCACGAAGCAAUCAGACUGUGGACUUCUUACAAAUGACAGUCAAACAAAACAUCCAAGCGACCCUGCUGUUCAGGCUGUUGUUGACCUUGGAUUUGACCUUGACACUGUCGCGAAAUUGGCUUUAUCCUUGAAAACAGAUAGCUGCACUCUUACAUCUGACCAGUUGAUUGACCAGCUUUACGACGAAUCAACUCCCAGCUCAUCACCGGACAUUAAAUCUCUGACCUCCAAUAGCAUUACACACUGUACAGAUUCCCUUGAAAUACUUCAAAGUCAGAACAUGGAACUUCGUCAGAUAUCCACCUGUAAGAUAUGUCUGGAUCAGCCUGUGGCUAUAGUGUUUCUGCCCUGCGGUCAUUUCGUUACCUGCCUGGAAUGUUCUUAUGAGCUGAGGAAAUGUCCAGUGUGUAGGGGCAUCAUUCAAGGCACAGUCAGAGGUUACUUACAGAGUCGUAUUACAGAAAGGCUAUAAACUAUAACACAAUUAUAAAAGGGUAUAAAAGGGAAAGAAUCACAAACUUACUCUUGAAGUACGGAGUACUCCAAGGAUCAGUUCUAGGCCCAGUGCUGUUUACUAUGUAAACAUACCCACUCAGCGGUGCCAUACGGCCCAUUGUCAUCUUAUACCAUUUCUUUGACUAUGACUCACAGCUAUACGAUUCCUCAGUACCCUCAGAGGUGUCGCAUCUGGUAUAGAAAAUCAGUGGUACCAUUGCAAGGGUGAGCCAUUGGAUGGUUAAGAAUAAGCUCAAGAUGAACGAAGACAAGACAGAAAUAAUUAAGAUUGGCACUCGGAACAACAUGUCAAAAGACGAGAGGACAGAAUCUAUUUUUAUCACGAACUGCCAUGUUCCUAAUGUCCAUGUAGUGAGGAAUCUUGGAGUUUUCUUCGACUUAACACUGUCUUUCGACUCACACAUAAAUCAGCUCUGCAAGGGUCUUUAUCUGCAGCUGCGAGGAUUAGGCCAGAUCCGACCAUAUUUAACAGCGGAGUCAACAAAAACGCUAGCUGUGGCAUUCAUACUCUCCCGCCUUGACUACUGCAACGCCGUGCUAGCAGGUAUGCCCGAUGACAAAAUAGCCACGAGAUUCUGCUACUACGCUCGUGCGCAUUGGCUUCCCGUGAAAGCAAUCGAAUACCAGGUCGCCACACUUUGUCAUCAGUGUAUAUAUAACAAUGAAAUGCCCGUAUACCUUAGCGAACUGAUCACUUCAUAUGUCCUCCAGAGAGCCCUGCGCUCAAUGGACUCAACGCUUCUAGUGGUACCACGUUUCUCCCUCAAAAGCUAGGGUCUGCGGGCUUUUUCAGUGCAAGGACCAAAGGUUUGGAACUCACUCCCCAUCAAUCUCAGACAGACAACACACUACACUAGUUUUAAGAAUAACAUUAUUCCUACCUGUUUAAAACGUUUUUAGAUUAGUUUGUCAUGUUGGCUCUCGUGUUUGUGUUUGUAAUGUAAAAACAGCGCCUUGAGCCUACAUUUUGUUUGUUAACAGCGCUUUAUAAAUAAAAUUAUUAUUAUUGUAAUAAGCUUUUUUUUAAACCAAAACAGUGUCUGUCUUUUGUCUGGCAAAUUUUUUUAACAAGUUAUCUCUUCCACUUCUCAUACUCAUAUCAAAUUGAAACUUGGCACAAUUAUUCAAUUCAAUUUCUCCCAACAUAACACAAAUCAAUAAAAAAAUUAAUUGUAAUUAAUUAAUAUUUUUAAAUAACAAAAAGGGGAAAUAAACUUUAUAGUAUUGAGAAAUAUCAUGUGGGGUCCUUCUAUAUAUACUACUUUUUUACUAUUUUUAAUAGACCUAAAGAAAUAAAGCCGUAAACAUUAGUUCAUUAAUUUAUUUAAACAUUUUAUAGGGAUGCGCUUUUUUUUAGCGGCCCCCGAAAGGGGAAAAGACGCUAUUAGUUUUGUGUGGAAUGUCUGUCCGUCCCGUUUAGAUCUAGUAAACUAGAAAAGAUAGUGAAAAUCUGACACCAUAAUAUUUUAGUUAGACCAUUUAAAAUUCUGAUGCAACGGCUACUAUUUUCAUUUCUGAAAGCGAAAAAUCUAAUUUUUAAAUCCCUUUUGCAAGCAGUUUUUUUCAUAAAAUACACCACGUUUACAACUAUUCACUAUUAGUAGUAACAAACACGGCAAGCUAUUUAGGAGGGGAGAAUACAUAGUACUGUAUUUUAAACAUAUUUAUACAAAUAGUGUUAUAUUUUUUGUCAAAAUAAUUUUUUAUUACAUAAUUAUUGCUAAGUUAUGUAAGUUCCGUUAUACUAAUUACUACAUUUACACACACAGAAAAAGUUUUCUUUUUUUUUAAAGAGAAAAAAAAAUUAAUAUGCAUAUAAGUUGGGCAGAAUUUAAAACAACAAUUAAUAAGUAGUUUUUCAUAUUUUCCCGUGAACACAAAAUGGCCAACGCAAAAAAAUGCACUGAACUAUUUUUUUUUUUUUUUUUAAAAUGUUUUUUUGUUGAGGAUUUGAAAAAAAAAGAGUAACCCUUUAUAAAACAAUUAGAUCCAUUAGAUAUUCAUUAUAAGACAUCAAUUAGGCCAGGUUCACAUCUAACGUGACAUUCACUUUCACAUAUCCUUUGAUCUGCUGGACCGCUGGGGCACCACACAAGAUCUGUUAAGCUUGUUUUUCAUUCUGAUGUUCUUUAUGAAAAUAUCGAAACCUGCUUUUUACCUGCCAUGUUGGACCACUUCGGUUGCCGAUUUUGAGUUUGUGUUUCCACACAAACUGUCUUUGUGAUAAGGUUUCAAAUGCUCUUGUAUAAAACAAAAAGCUUGUCUCGGGAUGUAUUUAAGGAAUAAAGUAAACACCAAACCAGCUGGAGAAUACUUACCCUAUUAUUUAAGGUUAUUUUUUGUUCUAUUUCAUUGUACCUCUACUCUUUUUUUAUUCUCUGAAAGCCCACAAAAAGAGCGACAGAAAGAGAGUGGGGCAGAUAGAUACUGAUGUAAGAGAAAGAGACUGAUAGAGAGGCAUAUACUUAGAGAGAGGGAAAAGGAAAGAGUUGGAGAGAAAGAAACAGCGUUAGAGAGAGAGAGAGAGAGAGAGAGAGAGAAAGAGAGAGAGAGAAAGGAAGAGAGAAACAAAGAAAAAGAAAAAUAUAUAUAUAUAUAUAUAUAGAGAGAGAGAGCAGUUGUCUCA